AUGCUGCACUUUCCAUUUGUUAUUGGAAAUGGUUUGAAGGCAAUUCUGUAUGUUGUGCACUUUCAACAGCGGCCACAGGAAAAGAAAACGGUACAAAACAAUGCAACGAAUGAUACGGAAGGUAAAAUCCCCAAGGUAUCAAGCGUGGGAGCAUCAGAGUACAAUCUGGGGAAUGACAAGGAUCGAACGGAACUCUUUUUUGCUCUUUGUGUCCUGUUGCACAACAUCAAGGAGACUUUCAAGAAGGAAAGGGAUAAAAUAAGUAACUAUCAAAAUUUGUGUUCGGGAAAGCAACCAGAAUUCGAGAAUGCGUCCUUUUCCAGAAAACGCGGCCAAAGUAGUUCCAGAGAUACAACAUCACGUAAGAGCUCGGCCACCAAGAAAAGAAAAAGUGAAGCGAACGAAGAGAAUAAAAAGCGCAAUGAAGAUCUUGCCGCUCAGGCAGCAAGUUGCAACGGGUUGUUUCGUGGCAUCGAGUUUCCAUGGCUUCGAACCAUUGUUGAUGAAGAGGACAGCUUAACUAUAAAAUAUCAGGAGAAGUCUCCGUACUAUUUCCAUGGCAUGGAUGUAAGCACUGGGAGAAAAUGCUUCCUGAAAGUAUGGCGCGAGGACGAAGAAGGCUUUGUCGACGCAAGGACAGAAAUGCGAUUCUUGAAGCAAGCUCAAAAUCAUAAUGUCGCGGUGGCAAGAGCGAUUACUGAUGAGGUUAUACCUGUGAGUGUAAAUGGUUUCAAGUUUGCAGUUUUGGUAACAGAGUACAUCAAAUCAUCACUGGUGUCCUCUGUUGACGAGCUCGUAGACUUUUCGCUGUCAUUGAUGGGUGUUGUCAACGAACUGCAUGAGAAAGCUGGCAUUCUACAUUGUGACAUCAAGCCAAAUAAUCUUUGA